GAUUGAUAGGUCUAUAUCAAGGUCCAUCUUACCAUCCACUUGCCGAUAUGGCUGCUCUUCGUUGUCAAAACGCACUGCGGUAUACCGUCUGUGGCGCCGCGCCCUAUUUGCGCGCGUCUCAGCGAAGAUGGGCGCAGGUCCACGACAUUCGCUUCCUCGUCACUCACGCACAGCCAGACAGGGUUCUGGAGAAGUAUAAGGAGAAGCUGGCCAAGAAGGCAAAAGCGGAAGGAUUGAGCGAUGUCAAUGAGUUGAAAGAAGCGUACAAGGAUAAAAUCACGGAGCUGAAGAGGAAACCUGCUACUCCAUCUGGCACAAUAGACGGACACCCACCACCAGCUCCUGAAGCAAUAAACGAAGCUGCAGCCAAGUCGCCAUUCCCACCCCCGCCACCGCCACCAAAAGUUCCGUCUUCAAAAUCUAGCACGCCUGGUGUGCGGACACUCUCAUCGUACCUGGACGUCGCCAAGACGAGAGAGCUUCCUUACAAGGAAAUCGAAACGAUAUGGCGCCUCCGACAUGCCUCAAACCCCCAGUCACUCUGUGCGACCGUGCCGCUAGAGACAUACAAGACCAUAGAAGCAUCUGCAAAGAAGUUCCCCCACUUCAUCCUACCAUUGCCCCGCGAAGGACAGGGCGCAGAGAUUCAUCUGCUGCAGUGGACAUUCCCAGCGCCUGAUACUGUCACUGUCCUCUUCACUCACCUCGCAGAGUUCAAGUUAAGAGGCGAAUUUGCACAGCCGCAUACAACUAUUACCCACCACUUGGAAUUGGCCGCGGAGAAGGAGGUGGUUCUGGUCCAAGGCCAGGUGGUUGAGAACAGGGGAGUCACUGUCGACGAGGCCAAAUUUCUGCUGAUGUGCCUGCAGAAAUUUUACGGGUUUGGAAGCGAGAGUGCUGACCGUAAGAGGCUACUGGAGCUGUUUGGAAAAGGAGACCCAGCCUUCAAGGUUGAGGAUCUAGUUGAGGAGACCGAAAAGAUCUUUUAGAUCGGUGACGAGAUAUGCCAGUGCAUUUCUGGCGUUGCUGAGGUGUAUCAUUGUACAACACGCAGGAAGUGUAGGAUUAUAAAAAGAUAGUGCAUAAGAUCUGUUGAAUAGAGAGUCAUUCAGGAUGUAUUGACCAAAUUUAUUAUUAUUUUGAGUGAGUGACGGCAAGAUACACGAAAUAUAUGAA